AUGGAAGUCGGUGAUCAGUUUUCUGACAGUGAACAUUUUAAGGAUGCACUUAGGAAUUUUUCUAUCAAACGCAAUUUUAACUUUACAUUCAUCAAGAAUGACAAGCAGAGAGUGACUGUGAAGUGCGCUGCUGAAGGUUGUGAAUGGCAUAUCCACACGUUCAUGGAAGGUAAUCACCAGACAUUUAGGAUCAAGACGUUGUAUCCCACACACACAUGUGGUGGCGGUAUUGGCACGUCCUCACAUCCCAAGGCAUCAAAAAAGUGGGUGAGUGCACAUGUCAUACAAAAGCUGAAGGACCGUCCCCUGUAUAGGGCUAUUGACAUUCAGCGUGAUAUGUUGCGAGACCAUGGUGUCUAUUUAUCCCAUAAACAAGCUUGGCUAGGGAAAGAGGUCGCCAAGGAUGUUCUCCAUGGGAGUGAGGUGGCGAGCUAUGAUUUAUUGAUGUGGUACGCGAAGAAAGUGUUAGUGACAAACCCUGGUAACGUUGCUAUCGUAGAGAAUGACGGUCCCCGUUUCAAACGUGCGUUUUUUACCUUCAAAGCAUGUAUCAUUGGUUACAAGACAGGAUGUAGGCCAUUGCUAUACCUGGAUGGAACUCACUUGCUCGGUAAAUACGGGGGAACUUUGUUAGGUGCAACGGGAAAAGAUGGGAACGAUGAUUUUUUUCAUGUGGCAUUUGAAAUCGUAGAUAAUGAAACGGAUGAGAACUGGACGUGGUUCUUGUCAAAGCUUGGAGAUACUAUAUACAAUGAUGACGAAUAUGUGAAACUUAUUACAUUUAUAUCUGAUAGGUCCAAGGGCCUUAUCAAUGCUGUCGCGAAGAUAUUCCCUUCCUCACCGCAUGCAUAUUGUUUGCGCCACUUGGAAGCAAACUUCAUGAAAGCAAAUGUCAGACUUGGCAAGUCAUUGAAAGAAAGCGAAAGCACAUUAAUGGUUGAUGCAGAAAUCCGAUCUGGCGCACUGGCCGAACUACAUGUUCAAAGAGCAUCUUGCUUGAACUCUGGUGGCCAUUUGCGGGACGUCAUUCAUGAGCCACUUAUGUGUGGCUUGCGCCCAUGCAUAGUGCUGCAUUGUGGGAAGAUCGUCUACAUAGUCUACAAGCCAAUUGGGAACAAAACAUGA